CCUAUACAGUACCUGGCAGAUGGGCUCUGUGCAGUUAACUCACUUUCAAGAAAAUCGCGUUUCGCCUAGUUUGACUGUUGCGGGCCGCCGUAUCCUGACUUGUUACCAAGGCAGCCAGGAAGAAGCUGUGAAGGGAGCGGACUGAGCCGCUAUGGCCACCCGAAAAGGCUGAGUACUUUUUCACAGGCUGCCACCAUGGGCACCGCAUCCUCCUUGGUCAGCCCAGGAGAGGUGAUUGAGGAUGGAUAUGGGGGUGAAGGAGGGGAAGCCUGUGUGAUCCCAGUGGAGGUCAAGCCCAAAGCACGACUCCUGCGCAGUUCCUUUCGCAGAGGACCUCGGGUGAUUGGGGCCAGUUUCAAAUCCACAGGCUCUGUGGAUCUAGAGUAUGCUGCUGAGUAUGAAAGACUCCGUAAAGAGUAUGAAAUCUUCCGUGUCAGCAAGAAUAACGAGAUCUCAUCCAUGCAAAAGAAGGAGGCCAAGCUGGAUGAGGAGAACAAGAGGCUGAGAGCUGAGCUACAGGCUCUGCAGAAGACCUACCAGAAGAUCCUUAGAGAAAAAGAGAGUGCUCUUGAGGCCAAGUAUCAAGCUAUGGAGAGGGCCUCCACCUUUGAACAUGACAGGGACAAAGUAAAACGACAGUUUAAGAUUUUCCGGGAGACAAAAGAAAAGGAGAUCCAGGAUCUCUUGCGGGCCAAGAGGGACUUGGAGGCCAAACUGCAACAGCUGCAGGCUCAGGGCAUCCAGGUGUAUGACCUAAAUGAUUCUGACUCAGAUGACAACCAAACCACGGUUAAUGCUGCAGGGACACAGUGUGAGUACUGGUCUGGCGGUGUGCUGGGAAGUGAGCCCUCUAUGGGCAGCAUGAUGCAGUUGCAGCAAACCUUCCGAGGUCCAGAAUUUGCCCACAGUUUGAUAGAUGUGGAGGGACCCUUUGCAAAUGUGAGCAGAGAUGACUGGGAUGCUGCAGUAGCCAGUCUGCUUCAGGUCUCCCCUCAUGUACCCCAGGCCUUAUGGAGUAACACUGUGCGCUGCUACCUAAUCUUUACCCAGGAGACCAAAGCUGAGCUUGAUGUCUUUAUUAAGAAACACUCACCUUUGUUACGGAGAAUGUGCGAGAGUCUCGGCCAUUUCUACCUGAAUGUCUGCUUCCCAGAGGAGAAUGCUGCCUCAUACGCCGUGGAGCGCAAGCAGGAGAUUGAAAGGAGCUCUGUGUGUGUGCUUCUUGUCAAAUCUACUGUCACUAGCUCUGUGGUGGAGGAUUGCGAGGAGGCUUUUGUGAAGAAUCCAGAUGGCCAUCCGCUGGUGCUCUACCUCAGGACUGAAGAAGAUCACAAUUUGACUGGACCCACCAGGCAACUGCUAGAAAGGGUCAAUGCUGCAGACAAGGCUGCUAAAGUCAAGGUGGUGGAUCAUAGUGGUUCUGUAGAGGAGGGGGCUGACCUCAUUUAUUCUCAAGUAGAGAAAGUCAUCAAACAGGAGUUGCUGGGUCUUGAAGGAGCAGAUGUUGACUCUAAGGACUCUGGGAUAGAGGAGGCACGUGAGGAGGACUCAGGAGAUGUGCUGUGGGACUUGCAUGAUGAGCAGGAACAGAUUGAGUCCUACCAGCAGGCCUGUAGCACAACCACCUCCCAGUUAGGCUUCCAGAAGUAUAUAGAUCGUUUGAAUGAUAUGAUAGCUGCUCCCCCUCCCACCCCUCCGCUGCUGGUGUCUGGUGGUCCAGGCUCAGGAAAGUCUCUCCUGCUUUCCAAAUGGAUCGAGCAGCAGCAGAAGCAGUCCCCCAACACCUUGUUCCUUUAUCAUUUUGUUGGUCGCCCACUUUCCACAAGCUCGGAGCCAGUUCUCAUUAUCAAACGCCUCACAGUCAAACUGCUGCAGCACUUCUGGUCCAUUUCUGGCUUGUCCAUGGAGCCCAGUAAGAUCUUAGAGGAGUUUCCCCGCUGGCUUGAAAGACUAUCGGCACGCCAUCAAGGAAACAUCAUCAUCAUCAUCGACUCCAUUGACCAAAUACAGCAAGCAGAAAGACACAUGAAGUGGCUGAUUGACCCUCUCCCUGUCAAUGUGAGAGUGGUGGUGUCUGUCAAUGUAGAGACGUGUCCUCAAGCUUGGAGGUUAUGGCCCACACUCCACUUAGACCCACUGAGUCCCAGAGAGGUCAGGAGUGUUGUUAACGCAGAGUGCCAGAGCAUGGAUCUCAAAUUGACCAAGGACCAGGAGAAGAAGCUGGAAAGGCACUGUCGCUCUGCAUCGACCUGCAAUGCAUUGUAUGUCACACUACUGGCAAGGAUGAUCAUCAGCAGUAUAUCAGGUUGGUCUCUGGAGAAGAGCCUGGAGCAGUGUCUCCAGUGUCAGGACACCAUGUCGCUCUACCGCCUGGCACUCAAGAUGACGCUGAACUCCCUCAACACAGACAGAGAACGACACAUUAUGAGAGAGAUACUGUGCCUUGUAUGUGCCAGCCAUAAUGGAGUGAGUGAAUCAGAGGUACUAGACCUUUUCCCAGAACUGGAGCUGCCUGUCCUGUCCUCUCUGCUUUACCAUCUGAACAGACUCUGCAUUGUAACCCUCCGCUGUGGGCUCAUCAGGUUUCAACACCUGCAGGCUUGGGAAGCUGUGAGGUUGGAGUUCCUGGGUGGAGGAAGUAGCUCGGCUGCUUACAGAGAGAAACUCAUACUGUACUUCAGUCAGCAACUCAGCCAAGACCGUGUGACGUGGCGUGUUGCAGAUGAGCUGCCCUGGCUGCUCCAACAGCAGGAGGAUCGGACUAAACUACAGCUCAGCCUCCUGAAUCUGUUUGUUUCCCAAAACCUCUACAAAAGGGGUCAUUUCUCUGAGCUGCUAGCCUAUUGGCAAUAUGUGGGCAAAGACAAAAGCUCCAUGGCCACUGAGUACUUUGACUCCCUGAAACACUACGAGAAGAGCUGCGAGAACGAAGACGGCAUGACCAAGCUGGCAAACCUGUAUGAGACCUUGGGACGUUUCCUCAAAGACCUGGGCCUCCCCAGUCAGGCCGUAGCACCUUUGCAAAGGUCCCUUGAGAUUAGGGAGACAGCCUUGGACCCGGACCAUCCCAGCGUAGCUCGCUCCCUGCACCAGCUGGCUGGGGUUUACGUCCAGUGGAAGAAGUACGGCAACGCUGAGCAGCUGUACAAGCAGGCCCUGGAGAUAAGCGAGAAUGCCUACGGAGCUGAGCACGCCAGCGUAGCACGAGAGCUGGAGUCACUCGCCAUGCUCUAUCAGAAACAAAACAAGUAUGAACAAGCAGAGAAACUCAGGAAGAGGUCAGUGAAAAUUCGUCAGAAGACUGCUCGCCAGAAAGGUCAUAUGUACGGCUUCACUUUGUUGAGGCGCAGAGCUCUGCAGCUGGAAGAGCUGACUCUGGGGAAAGAGUCUGCAGACGCGGCCAAGACACUUAAUGAACUGGGAGUCCUUUACUACCUCCAAAACAACCUGGAUGCAGCCAAGAUUUUCUUGACCCGCUCUCUGGAGACUCGUCAGCGUGUCCUCGGUCCAGAUCAUCCAGACUGCGCUCAGUCCCUCAACAACCUGGCUGCACUGCACACAGAGAGGAGGGAGUACGAGGCGGCUGAGGACAUGUAUGAGAGGGCGCUAGACAUCCGCAAGAGGGCCUUGUCCCCAGACCACCCCUCGCUGGCAUAUACACUCAAACACCUGGCCAUGCUCUAUAAACGAAGAGGGAAGCUGGAAAAGGCUGUGCCGCUGUAUGAGCUCUCUCUGGAAAUCAGGGAAAAGAGUUUUGGGCCCAAACACCCCAGUGUGGCCACAGCACUGGUCAACCUGGCUGUGAUCUACUGCCAACUGAAGAAGCACGGUGACGCCUUGCCUCUUUAUGAACGAGCGCUGAAAGUAUAUGAGGAUAGUUUGGGGCGCUCACACCCACGGGUCGGAGAGACCCUAAAAAACUUGGCUGUGCUAAGCUACGAAGAGGGCGACUUUGAGAAGGCAGCAGAGCUUUACAAACGUGCAAUGGAGAUAAAGGAGGCCGAGCCGUCGUUGGUGUGUGGGAACUCCCCUUCCCGCCACUCCUCCAGUGGGGACACAUUCAGUCUGAGAGGACCUGCUCCCCUCCCACAGGCCCCGAGGUAACUCUGUUCAGCCACUUAUUGCCACAGAAGCAUAGAAUAACAGAAACAUCAGACCCCAUGGUUUUAUCAAAAUGGGAACCAUUCUGGUCACCACACUGCGAUUGUUGCCUGGACGGAGGUUUUAGGGUUCGGUCAAAUGGACUUUACCUGCCAGCGUGAUUAUGAAGUCUGUCGUAUUAAUCUGUGAAACAUGUGUAUUUACCACAAGUAUUUAUUAAUAUUUCUAACAUAAUCAUGUAUUAGUGAUCAGAAAAAUCAGUGGGGCAUUCGCUCAAAACGUAGGAAGCAGCGUACACGGACCCAACGGAACUGAACGAAGGAGCGAGAACCGACUCGAAUGGAUUGUCACAGAGAAACUGACGCUAUAUUUCAAGACUCAAAAGGUUCGAAACAUUUACAUGUAUUAACUCGAAGGAACCGAUUCUGUGAAAAGAGUCGGUCUGCACAUCACCAUCAUGUACAGUAUGUAAGGAACCUCCGUUAAAUCAGUCCUUUUUAUGGAACUCAGGUUUACCCUUAUCAUUACUUCAGAGACACUUUAUUCCUAUUUACAUGCCUCACAGUGUAUAUGAGCAAAAUAGUAGCAAAUGCAUUUGCUGGCAUGGAAUGCCAUGAGACUUUGGUAUGCCAUAAACCAUAAAACAUGAUUAAUAAAAACACAUUCUGUGUUUUCCAGUGUACAGCGGAUAUUACUCUAUGCACUUUUCAAAACUUCCCCUUUUUGUGAACUGGGGUUACAAGUAUGAAGAAAACCCAAGCAUUCUUUAUGUUUGAUUUUAAAUGAAUAACUAUAAAAUCCAGUAAAAAAGGGCUUCUCAAGCUCAUUUUUAAGGAGAUGAAGUAUCAACUAUUUCCACAACUCAGUCUGAUCAUGCUGUUAUCUCUCACCUAAACUGUUCAGACCUCAAACAGAUUUGUUGCCAAGUCUACAUUCCUGAUGUUCUGACUGAAGGAUUUUAGAGGGCUUCUGUCUCUAAAUUCAAAAUGUGCAUAUUGUGAAAAAAAUGGUAUAUUUGUGCCGUUAAUAUGUCAAUUACUUAUGUUUACAUUAUGUAUUGUUGACCUACUAGUAUUAAGUAUGUAAUCCAAAAAGAGAAAAUGUAGAACCAAAGAUAAGUGAUCAAAAACAAGCCUAGUCCGUGUCUGAGAAGACAUCACCUGCGGUACUGAUUUCAUGCUGUUUGUGUAUUUAUUCAUUAACAAAAAGGAUUUUAAGGGAUUUGCCAAAAUCAUGAUAAUGCCACAUGAGUGUCAAGGUUAAAGUACAAUGAAGUAAUGACUCGUCUGACUGAAUGUACAUGAAUCCCUAAGGGACACCGUGUACCACAACUUAUAGUCUCAUUGCUUCAAUGUAGUACAUUCAGUGUAUCAGUUUAAGUGUUUUUAUAUGUUUUGUGUAUUAAAGUAAUUGAAAAUCUGUAAAAGCUGUACAGGACAACAACAAAAGUCACAUCCAAUAUAUCAAGAAGAUUGUAUUCCAUCUAAUAAAUACUUUAUUGAGACAACUUAAA